AUGGGACCGGGAGAUGACAUAUAUUCAAUCAAAACGAUAGUCCAUCACAACUCGGAACUCAUAGAAUCUGUUCGUGGAUAUGAAGCCCCGGGAUCUUACGUCAAGAAUAUUACGUACGGAACAGAUCUCAUACAAGAGAAACAAAUUGAGGCACUCAUUGACAUAUCAUUUUCGUGUCAGCAAUAUAUCCGAUGGGACUGUAAGGGAGCGAUGUUUGGCUUUUGGUACGCCAGGGAUAUAGACAACUGGUGGGUGGGGAGGGGUUGGAAAAAUCAAUAUUAUUGGGGCGGCGCUGAAACAGACUCAAAAAAUUGCGGGUGUUUUCCAUACUGUUACCCAACUGUCCGUAACUCAACGUGUAAUUGUGACGCAAACCUCAAACUCCAAUGGCUUGAAGAUUCCGGACUGUUGUUGGAUAGGAGUAGACUCCCUGUCCUUCAGCUCAGAUUUGGAGACACCGGCGAGUCCUACGAAGCGGGUCAGUACACAUUAGGUCCCUUAGUAUGUCGGGCUCGCGGACACAAACUUGUGAGGAACGGCUAUUUCAGAGCACCCGUCACUAUUGAAUCUCCCGGUUAUCCAAACUCAUAUCCGCCGGCAUUUCAUCGAUACAAAUGGCAAAUCAUUAUAAGUGAGGGACAGAUCAUUGAAUUAGUUUUCCCCUACUAUGAUGUCGUCCACUUUGGUGCCUAUAAUUCAGUGCCAAACUGUCGAUAUGUCGUUGAAAUUGAUAUCAAGAACUCGACCGGAGGUGUCAUCAGAAAUAUUAAGAGAGAGAAGGCUUCUCCACCUUAUUUCAUAUCCGAUGGCACCGAGACUAUCGUUGACCUAACUUUCACUACUUGUAAUCAAUUAAAGGAUAUCGAAAAGAAAGCUAUACCUAAGGCCAAUACAACCAAGAAAUGGAUCAAUAAUAUCGCCGAAGGAAAGUCUGCCGAUCAGAGCUCUACGAGAAGUGGUUUAGAGGCGGCACUGGCUGUUGACGGGAAUGUGGAGCGAAAACAGCACACCAAGUGUACGGCCACUAACUAUGAACACGAGCCCUGGUGGCGGGUUAACCUCCAGAAGCGUCAUCGCAUAUAUGGAGUACAGAUUAACACCGCAGACAUCACGGCUCAAAAUGAAGACCUUCACUGGCCGCAUGGUCAGUACGGUCUGCCAAUGCCUGUGUCGGGCUGUCCGUCCACUUCAGACACCAAAUGGCAAACCGGUGUUCGCUUUCACGACGUCCGUCACGAGCCCGUACAGGACGACCGGUUCAGGUAUUGGUCUCAAGGGAUUAUGCUUAUGGGCGGCGCUACUGAUGGCGGAAUCGCUCAACACUUUUGCAUAAGAGAUAGUAAACCACCAGAAAAGUCAGCGCCAAAUGGCAACAACUAUGGAUGGAUGCCCGGCAAGUACUGCAUCUUCCAGGUGGCCGACACCUGUCCCGAAGGAUUUACUUCAGGUUCUAUCGCGUGGUUCGAUAAAAGUAAUGCUACCCUUCCCUCAGAGAGUAGGAAUUACGUGAAGGGAGCUCUUCCUAAAGGGAUUUAUACGAAACAAAACACAACUAUUUAUUACUGUUGUCGAGAGGAUGGCAACCCAGAGGUGUCCAUAAGACUACCGAAAGACAGGCCAUUCUAUCUCUUACAAUACGGCGAUGAGUGUCAGAAAGUGGAGGGAAUGUCAGAAAUCGAGCACUUCUUUCAUUACGAGGAAGAGGUGCAACUCUCAGGCAUCAGUUUGGAGUUGAUAUUUAUAACCGGAACAAAUCAACUCAAAUUUCAUGACCCCCACCCACGCGUGGACAUCGCUCUUUUUGAAAAAGGACUUACCCUUCAUUACUGCUAUUAUGAUGUCUCGGAUCAACUCAAAGGGUUUCAAGUAUUGGUCGACACAACACCCGACACCUAUGGGUUCAGUCGUUUUUACGAUGAAACUACGGGUAUAUCUCGAGCGGUGGACAAACCCUUCUUGAGUGCCGUCGAAUGCGCUUCUUUUGAUGUGACGGCCAGUGAUUCCGAAGUGAUUACUCUGAACUGUAAGCAAGCAAUUGAGGGCCAGUAUGUGGUCAUCUUCAUGAAAGACAGGUUUGAUUCGUUGAGAUUAUGUGAAGUGAAAGUGUUUGGAGAGGAGUCGUGCGGACGACCAUUAGGUAUGGCCACCGAAGAGAUAUUAGACACGGCUAUAAGCGCGUCGUCUAUUGAUAGCCACGGCUUCUUCCACCAUCCGGUCAACUCGAGACUCAAUAGCGCCAAAGCCUGGUGUGCGGCCAUCACUGACCAACACAAAUAUAUACAGAUUGAUUUGCUUUACGGCGAAAACCAACAAAUCCAUGGCAUGAAGUCUCCCUUUCCUGUCAGUGAUUAUGUGACUGUUGUCGGCAUAGCUAUGCAGGGAAUGGUGAAUGCCUUCAAGAGUUCUUUUGUCACACAAUUUCAGCUAUUGUUCAGUAAUGACACCACGAAGUGGACCUUUGAGGAAGAGCCCAUCGGUAGACAGAAAGUGUACAAAUGUGUUCAAUGCGAGUCUCAGAGUAUUGAUGGCAAUGACAUAGUUAUGUAUAAUUUACUCAAACCAAUACUCGCCCGCUAUGUCAGAGUCAAGAUCUUAAACUUUAAGAUCGCGCCCUGUCUUAGACUGGAAGUCAUUGGUUGCAGAGACCUAUCGAAGCCGUGCGUUACGACCCUUACCGAGCCAUCGGGUGUCAUAUUCUCACCCAACUAUCCUUUCUAUUACGCCCAAUACAAGUCGUGCUGGUGGCACAUCAAUCCCGGCCCCAACAAACACGUCGAGUUAGACUUCGUGGUCAUGGAUUUGGCCACAAAGGAUAAAAGCAGUGGA